CUAAUAAAAUAUUAAAAAAAAAAAAAAACCACCACCAUCAUCACCGUCUUCUUCUUCCUUCAUUUCUCUGCAUUUUUUCCACUCAACGAACUCUCACUCUUUCUCUCCUACUUAACUGCGCUCAAUUCUUCCUUAGUCCGACACAAUAUUUUCUCUCUCCUACAAAUAUUCGUGGCUCAAAUUCAUUCUCAGGAACUUCCUGGAGUUGAAUUCGAUCAAUUACAAUCCUCUUUUCCCUCAAAUCAAUGGGGUGAAUUUUUAUUUUAUUUUUUAAUUUUUUUUGUCGUCAUGAGCAGAUAACAUCUGCUUUAGUGUCUUCAUAAGAUUUGCGAGGACACGAUUGUUUCGGUGAGGAUUCUGUGAAUUUGUGAUUGUAAGGAAUAUAAAAAAAACUGUUAAGAAGAGAAAUUUUGGGGAAAAGGAGGGAAGUCUGGUUCCUUAUUUUUCUUUAAUUAUAUAAAAAUAUCAUUAGCUAUGUGAAUUCUGAUUGAAUUUAGUUCGGGAAAUGCAAAAAGGCGGAUUAUCUUUGAAUACGUUUGUUGUUGUUUUUGUUUGGAAAUUGUUUGUGUUUGUGCAGUAGUAUUGAGUUUUACCACUAUGGGUUCUUGGGGGAGAUGACUAGAUGAGAAGUGGCUUUAGUAUCACUGUAUCACUUCCUUGUUUUUGCUUAAGAGGAUCUGAAGCAGCUUUGCGGUACACCGCCUGCUGCCAGCGGUGUCGGUUCAAUGGACGUUUAUUCUUCCGGCGAAGAGCCGAUCAUUAAGACUCGAAAACCUUACACGAUCACAAAGCAACGUGAGCGAUGGACAGAAGAGGAGCACAAUAGGUUUCUCGAGGCGUUGAAACUACAUGGUCGAGCUUGGCAGCGAAUUGAAGAACAUAUCGGGACAAAGACCGCUGUCCAAAUAAGAAGUCAUGCACAGAAGUUCUUUUCAAAGGUCCAUCGGACUUCACUUGCAAUUCUAGCAUACUGCAAAAUGCCGUUCCAUCGAUUAAAAAUCAUUUCGCGACUUCUGUUGGAAAAGGAGGCUCUUGUUAAAGGUGUUCCGAUAGCGCAAGCUAUUGACAUAGAAAUUCCUCCUCCACGUCCGAAAAGGAAACCAAGCAAUCCUUAUCCUCGCAAGACUGGCGCUAUAAGUUCCCCAAAUACGCAGGUUAAAGCAAAGGAUGGGAAUCAAAUACCACCAGGUUCUAUACAUACUACAGAACAAGUUUUAGAUUCAGAAAAGGAGCAACUUGCUGAGGAAGCUGUUGGUGGUGAUGCGGAAUCAAGCCCUAAAGAAACUGAUGGCAGUGACAAAUGCAGCACUGAAGCCUUUACGCUUCUUCGUAAAGCACCAUCUGCCUUGGGAACAUCUUCCAAUGAAGUCCCAGCCAUGGCUGUGGGAUCAGCUAGAAAGUUAUCCAACUUUAUGGAGUUUGUGCCAAUAAAGAAACCAGUAGCCGACAAUGAAACACGAGAUCUUAAUGCUGCUGCCGGACACAACAGAAAUCAUAAGCCCGAUAAGUCUGAUGUUGUUGACAUGAUUCAGAAUGACUCAGAAAAUGAAACAAAUGCAGCUAAAACAUUUCCCAGGCAUGCUCCUGUUCAUAUUCUUGAUGGAAACCUGGGAUCAUGCAGUCAGGGUCUUUCUUCAGAUGUAUCAUAUCAAGAACCUGCAUUUCAUCAUAUGGGGAUCCCAGACCAGCCUUCAUUAUUUAGCAAUCCUACAGUUUCAGCUGCUGUAGAAAGCCAAACUAGCACUUCAAGAUCUACUAAUCACCAAAUAUUCCCCAAUUCCCACCCUCCAUUUAGUCCCUUCCCUAACAAUCAAGAAAACUACUCUUCAUUUCUGCAGAUGUCCUCCACCUUCUCAAGCAUGAUUGUUUCUGCUCUUCUCCAGAAUCCCGCUGCACAUACUGCAGCAAGUUUUGCAGCUUCAUUUUGGCCCUGUGCAAUAGAAAAUUCAGCCAAUUCUACUGUUGGAGGUUAUCCACACCGACAAAUGAACCCAACUCCUAGUGUGGCAGAAAUUGCUGCUGCAACUGUAGCAGCUGCUACUGCUUGGUGGGCAGCACAUGGAUUGCUCCCCUUAUGUACUCCUCCUGUACAUGCUGGCUUCUCUUUACCUCCUACCUCAGUAAGUGCUCCAUUAGCUAAUUUUGGCCAAACUCCAGUUGCUAAUGAAGAAAGAGAAGAGAUCAAGAACUCCCAAGUUCCUGAACCACAAGUUCAGCAAUGUAAUCAAGAAUUGUCUGAAGCUUUACAACCACAGCAUUCAGCAUCCAAAUCUUCAGCAACAUCCUCGCCUGAUUCUGGUAAUAUUACUAGUGCAAAAAUGGAUGUUGAAGUGGCAGCCGACAAUAACGAAAAGAAUAAUGUCCCUGCUUCAAGUGAGCAAAAGGACGCAAACAAGGGGAAGAGCAAGAAACAGGUGGAUCGCUCAUCUUGUGGUUCUAACACGCCGUCAGGUAGCGAUAUUGAGACUGAUGCUUUGAAAAAGAAUGAUUUAGGAAAAGAAGAAGCCAACGAACCUGAUGUCAGUCGACCUACUACCAGUGAACCAAGUAGUCGCCGCAAUCGACUCAUUGGCAACAUAUAUGAAUCCUGGAAGGAGGUCUCCGAGGGGGGGCGCUUGGCAUUUCAAGCACUUUUCUCAAGAGAGGUGUUACCCCAGAGUUUUUCACCACCUUUAAAUGUAACUGGUAAGAACCAAGAAGUGAAUGUCACUGUUGGUGAAAACAGGAACAAUGCAGAGAAAGGCUAUAGCGGAAUACAGUUCGAUCUCAACAGCAAUGCAUGGGAAUUUUGCUCCAGUAAUCAAGGAAUAGAAAAUCUUAAAUUAAGAGAAGAGGACAAUCGCAAAGAAGGGCUGCUGACAUUUAGUCUUGAACAUGGGAAUCUGAAUACAACAAACAGAACCGGUUUUAAGCCAUACAAGAGGUGUUCUGUGGAGGCCAUAGAAAGCACAGCGAUGAACUCCAACGCACAGCAAGAAAAAUGUUCCAAGAGAUUACGCCUCGACGGGGAGGCUUCAACAUAAUGUCUAAUGAUGCAAGCAAUUUCUGUAAGGGAAACCUUGCUUACCCCCCCAAUUAUCAAUUUUUAUAUUAUUUUUUUCAAUUUUAGCUUAAUUUCAGUCCUGAAAAGUUCACGAGACUUUUCAUGUUUGUACUAUAAUAGAGACUACAUUGCUGUAUCUUAUUUGUCAGACUUCUUCA